AAAAUAUCAUAAAAAUAAAAAUGCCAGGUGCUUUUGCUGAAAUAAUUGAUGAUAUCGAAGAUCUUAUAUCUUCCCAAGAUAUAACACCAAAAGAACGAUACGCGAGCAGAAAAAAUGUAAGCGUUAGAUCGAAAAAGCGGGAAGUCAAAGAGAGUGAACCUGUUGAAAAGAUUGUUUUGGAAAGUGUCGUUCCAGGAACACAAACAAUAUACGUGAAAACAUGGGGUUGUGCUCACAACAACUCAGACUCCGAGUACAUGGCCGGACUGUUGGCUGCACACGGCUACAAACUCACAGAAGACAAGUUCGAAGCACAACUGUGGCUGCUGAACUCAUGCACUGUGAAGAACCCUGCUGAGGAUCAUUUCAAGAAUGAAAUAGAACUCGGACAGAGUCGAGGGAUCCAUGUUGUGGUAGCAGGCUGUGUGCCGCAGGGUGCCCCUCGCUCCUCCUAUCUCCAGGGCUUGAGUGUGGUUGGAGUGCAACAAAUAGACCGGAUUGUUGAAAUUGUUGAGGAAACACUUAAAGGUCACACAGUUCGUUUGUUCGGACAAAAAAAGGCUGAGAAUGGUCGUAAAGCAGGUGGUGCCUCACUUCUCCUUCCCAAAGUACGAAAGAACCCCCUAAUUGAGAUAAUAUCUGUUAACACCGGGUGCCUUAAUCAAUGUACGUAUUGUAAGACAAAGCAUGCAAGAGGAGAGCUUGGAAGUUACCCUCCAGAGGAAAUUGUGGAGAGGGCUCGGCAGUCGUUCAAAGAAGGUGUCUGUGAAAUAUGGCUGACGAGUGAAGAUACAGGCACAUACGGUCGUGACAUUGGCACAUCAUUACCGGAGCUUCUGUGGCAGCUGGUGGAAGUGAUACCGGAGGGCUGCAGGCUGCGGCUGGGGAUGACCAACCCGCCAUACAUACUGGAGCAUUUGGAGGAGGUGGCCAAGAUCAUGCAGCAUCCACGGGUUUAUAAGUUCCUCCAUGUGCCGGUGCAGUCUGGCAGCGACCAGGUGCUAGCGGAUAUGAAGAGGGAGUACAGCCGCGCGGAGUUCGAGCAUGUUGUGGAAUUCCUGAGAUCCAGGGUGGCAGGUAUAACGAUAGCUACGGACAUAAUCUGCGGGUUCCCUACGGAGACGGACAAGGACUUCGAAGACACCAUGACUCUCUGCCAGAAGUACAAGUUCCCUUCGCUGUUCAUCAACCAGUUUUACCCCAGACCAGGCACUCCCGCUGCUAAGAUGACUAGGGUAGCAACCCCCCAGGAAGUGAAGAAACGCACGAAAAGGUUAUCCGAAUUCUUCCGAUCGUACGAACCGUACGGACACAAAGUCGGACAGAUACAAGAGGUUCUAGUCACAGAUAUAUCACACGAUAAAAACUACUACGUCAGCCACAACCAAUAUUACGAGCAGGUUUUAGUACCCAAAGAUGAGAAAUAUAUGGGAAAAAUGUUGACUGUAGAAAUUAUUAGUGCAAGCAAAUUUUCUAUGAUGGGUCGCCCAGUAGACAAGCCCAAAAUGCCAGGCAUAGCUGCGCCCCUAAAGAAAGGACAGGUCUCAGGUUUCGAGGUGCAGAAAUCUAAGAUUGUGCCUAUACCGAUUUUGAUGUUACUCUUCGCGUGCGUCAUAAGAUUGUUAUGGAUAUAUUUAUAAAUAAAAUGUUUAUGUAA